AUGGUUUCAGCGAGUAUAAUAAAACAGCGUGAAUCAUUACCGAUCUUUCCAUAUAGGCAAGAAAUUAUCGAAGCAAUUAGACAAGAAAAUUUGCUUGUCAUCAUUGGAGAGACAGGUUCCGGUAAAACGACUCAAAUUCCUCAAUAUAUUUUAGAAAGUUUUGACGAAGUUAAAUUUAUUGGAGUUACUCAACCAAGACGUAUCGCUGCUAUAACAGUCUCAACUCGAGUAUCCGAAGAACAUGGUACAAGAUUAGGUGAUGAAGUAGGUUAUAGUAUAAGAUUUGAUGAUUGUACAUCAUCAAAAACUCGAUUAAGAUAUAUGACAGAUGGUGUUUUAUUAAGAGAAGCAACACUUGAUCCACGAUUAGAACAAUAUAAUGUGAUUAUUGUGGACGAAGCUCAUGAAAGAACUCUGGAGACGGAUGUAUUAUUUGGAUUAUUAAAAACAACACAUAUUUUACGUCCAGAUUUAAAGAUAUUAGUGAUGUCAGCAACUCUGAAUGUUGAAAAAUUUUCGGAUUUCUUUAAUAGUUGUCCGAUUUUUGUUAUACCUGGAAGAACGUAUAACGUUCUUAUAAAUCAUCAUCGUGAUGCAAGAAUUAUUAGUUUAAAAUCAACAUUUGUGAUGCGUGCAGUGGAAACUGCGUUAUACAUUCAUUGUCAAGAAUCACCUGGUGACAUUUUGGUAUUUUUAACUGGUCAAAAUGAAAUCGAAAAGGCUUGCAGAGAUCUUUUAGAUCAAGAAGCUAAUUUAAAUUAUAGAAAAGACGUGAAAUAUGCCGAUGAAGUUCGAGGAAUAGUAGUUUAUCCUAUUUAUGCAUCUUUGGAAACUUUGGAACAGAAAGCUGUAUUCGAAGACCCACCACGAUACAAAAGAAAGAUUAUCUUCGCUACAAAUAUAGCUCAGCAAAAAUCAUAUGACCCAACCACUGGGAUGGAUGCUCUUUUGGUAGUUCCAAUUUCACAGGCUGCCGCCACACAAAGAGCUGGACGUGCAGGAAGAACUGCACCCGGAAAAGCUUAUAGACUUUAUAGUCGUGAAUCAUUUGAACAAAUGGAAAAAGAAACUAUACCAGAAAUACAAAGAAGUAGUCUUCUCGGUACAGUGUUAAGUCUUAAAAAAAUGGGAAUUAGAGAUAUUCUUAAUUUCGAAUUUAUAGAUCCACCGGAUUCUUUAUUAGUUAAGAAUGCUUUAAAACAAUUAUUUUUACUAGAAGCUAUCGAUGAUAAAGGAAAACUUACCAAUUUAGGUGAUGAAAUGUCAAUAUUUCCAUUAAGUCCAUUUUUAUCAAGGGUUUUGGUCGCUAGUUCAAAAGAAUUUGGAUGUAGUAGGGAAGUUUUAAUUAUUGUUGCAAUGUUAUCCGUGGAAGAAAUUUUUAUUUCACCAAGAUCUGAAGAAAAACAAUUUGAAGCGAGUGAGAGACGCAAAGAAUUCUAUCAUCCAUCGGGAGAUCAUAUGACACUCCUUAAUAUUUUUGAGGCAUACCUUGAUAAUGGAUAUAGUCGAGAAUGGUGUAAAGAAAGAUACUUAAAUCGUCGUACAUUAACAAUGGCCAAAAGUAUACGAGAUCAAUUAAGAGAAUUAAUGUUAAAACAUGAUCUUCCAAUAACUUCAUGUCGAAUCAAAAAUGAUGAUAAAUUUAAUGAUAAUAAUAGGUCAAGGAAAAGGCAUCGAAGAAAUUCUUACUCAGAUAUUAAAUAUGAUUCCAAUAAAAUAUUAGAAGCUUUUUCUUCAUCUUAUUACAUUAAUCUAGCAAAAAGACAUUCACAUCGACCAUUAUUUUAUCAUUAUGCUUCAGCACGAGCAUCCAAUAACGAAGAUAUCGAUGCAAAUUCUUCAUUAUUAGCAUUACAUAUUUCAUCUACUUCAUCAUUAUUUUCCGAAAAUAAAAUUGUUCGAAUGGAAGAUUUGGAUUGGGUAAUGUAUCAUAAUGUGUUAUACACCAAUAAGGCUUUAAUGAAAGUAAUUAGUAAAGUAAAAAUAGAAUGGGUAGAAGAAAAAUUAAAAUUAUUUGAAAAAUUGGUUAAAAAUUUCAAUAUUGAAGAAAAUAAGAUUAUAAAAGAAGAGGAAAAAAAGAAUCAACGAUUAGCAGCAGUUGAAGCUGCUCGACAAAGAGCUAUACACCGAAGAGCUUCUAAUAAUGAACGAUGA